CUUCUCAGCGGCGACAGCUUCCACAUCACGUCACUCGUUCGCCUUGUCCAGAACACCAUCACCACGCAAACCCAUCUUUUUACGGUCGCAUCGUUGGAUAGUGGUGUUCGGAGGCUUCUAAAGUCUCGACCGUGCGUACCUGCAUCAGAACCUGCACCAUGGUUCCCCCGAUCAAGCAGGAUCCGGACGCCUCAUCGCCUUAUAUCAAGCCGGAUCCUGAGAGCAAAGAGGCGAUCCUCGCUUCUCUGGACGAUGAAGAUAUCUACGAAGAUGAGGGGGAUCUUGAUUUUACAAAUGCCGCGAAUAACGUUUGGCUCUCACGUAUCCCCCGGCCGCUGUGGGAGCACUGGUCGAAAUUCGACGACGAUGAAGAAAUCCAGCUUGGCACGAUUCGGAUUGAGGGACCGCCCAACGAUAUAAAGCGGGUUAGUUUGCGCCUCAACGACCGUGAAGAUAAUUCCGAGAUCCCCAAAGAUUAUACCCUUCAACGCCAAAGCAACAACACUCUAGGAGAAACAUCUCACUCGACGCAAAAUACAUACCUUUUCACCGAAAAAGAUGUCCCUGGCGCGGAUAAUCGCGCAAUAGCCUUUGGAGAGCAGCGGUCUGCCUUGUAUGAAUCCGUGAAGCGUGAAGCAAAGAGAAAAGAGCGCAAUAAGAAAUGGCAGCCCUACGUCCGGAAGACUAUACCUAAACAUACGGCGCUCGUGGGAAGCAUCAGCGAAGAGUUUAACUGUCUUCCUGUUGAAAACGAGGAGUUUGCACAGAUAUCGGAAAGGCGAGCGCUAGAAGCACUAAAGCCCAAGCGCGAAACUGUCUUCAUCGACAAAGUUCCAGGCAAGCUACUUCAGCCUCGGAAUGCCCUGCCCGGAGAGAAGGGAGCCUUCGUGCAAGCAACCAAACCGACCAAACUUCGUCCCCAAGAAAACAAAACCACGCGUAUGCCGCAAAACGAACUGCUGGAUCUUAUUUACCAAUGUUUUCGCGAGUUCAAGUACUGGCCUUUUAAGAACCUCAGGGCGAGACUCCAACAGCCCGAGGCCUAUCUUAAGCAGACCUUGGAGAUGGUUGCACACUUGGUUAAGUCCGGCGACUUCGCCAUGACCUGGGAACUCAAGCCGGAGGCCAAGGAGAGUAACUAUAUGAAUGCGCUGGCAUACGGCAAUGCUAAGGAGGAGCUUCCUCCUGGAGCCGACUUCAACUUUGACGAUGCAUCAGAGGAGGACCCAACGGCGUCUGGAAUGAUGACGGACAAUGACGAUACACAAUUCGAGAGUGUUGUCUAGAGAAAAGUCAAUCUACCAUGUAGCAUAAGCACGGUUAUGGCGUUUCUUUUUUUGGCUUUUUUGGGUGAGGCGAUACAUGGACAUUUGGGCUAUCUAUUCUGUUUAAAUAAACCAAGAGUGAUAUUGAAUUCAUAUCAAAUAUAUACAACUACAAAAA